AUGGCCAACACACAAGACCAGCACCAGGACCCUCUGGUUGUUGAUGACACGGUGAUUGAUAGUGAGGCGGACCUUGAGAGCCUUUAUUCGGAAACUACUAGUGUCAAAGACUCCAUUCUAGAUUACCGGAUUGAGAACGGCAGGUCGUAUCAUAAGUACAAGGAUGGCAGUAAGGUCAAUAUUUCUCAUUAA